AGUUCUACCUCCACCGGGCGCCCGCGCGGACCAGCAGCCUCCUGCGUCUCGGCUGCGCGGGGAAGAGCCGCGCGAGGAACCGUGGGGCCGCGGGGAGCACGCGGGGCUGGACGGCCGCCAGCCCCCCCCACGGCCCGAGCCGAUGGAUGCGAACCUGUGGGGGCCCGGGACCCCCACGGGAGCCCGCCGCCCUUAUUGCAGGAGCGACUGGGACAUCACCUUCUAGAAGUAAUGCCCACAGAAAGCGGGAGUUGCUCCACUGCUCGCCAAGCAAAACAGAAACGCAAAUCUCAUAGCCUUUCUAUACGAAGAACGAACAGCUCGGAGCAGGAGAGGACGGGUCUGCCAAGAGAAAUGUUAGAAGGACAAGAUUCUAAGCUGCCUUCCUCGGUUCGCAGUACACUUUUGGAGCUGUUUGGUCAAAUAGAGAGAGAGUUUGAAAACCUUUACAUUGAGAACUUAGAAUUGCGUAGGGAGAUUGAGACUCUUAAUGAACGUUUAGCUGCCGAAGGACAAGCGAUCGAUGGGGCGGAACUGAGUAAGGGCCAGCUCAAAACAAAAGCCAGCCACAGCACCAGCCAGCUUUCUCAGAAGCUGAAGACCACUUACAAGGCCUCCACCAGCAAGAUCGUCUCCAGCUUCAAGACCACCACGUCGAGGGCCGUGUGCCAGCUCGUGAAGGAGUACAUUGGCCACAGGGAUGGCAUCUGGGACGUCAGCGUGGCGAGGACACAGCCCGUGGUGCUGGGCACCGCGUCUGCCGAUCACACGGCCCUGCUGUGGAGCAUAGAGACAGGGCGGUGCCUCGUCAAGUACUCAGGCCACGUGGGGUCAGUGAAUUCUAUCAAGUUUCAUCCAUCAGAGCAGUUGGCUCUUACUGCUUCUGGAGAUCAGACCGCCCACAUUUGGAGAUACGCCGUCCAGCUGCCAACGCCCCAGCCUGUUGCUGACACCACUCAGCAGAUGUGUGGCGAAGAUGAAGUGGAGUGCUCCGAUAAAGACGAGCCUGAUGUUGACGCGGAUGUGUCCAGUGACUGUCCUACCAUCCGGGUGCCGCUGACGUCUCUUAAGAGCCACCAGGGAGUGGUCAUAGCCGCUGACUGGCUGGUUGGGGGGAAGCAGGCAGUGACGGCCUCCUGGGACAGAACAGCGAAUCUGUUUGACGUGGAGACGGCGGAACUCGUUCACUCUCUGACAGGGCAUGACCAGGAGCUAACGCACUGUUGCACACACCCCACCCAGCGGCUUGUGGUGACCUCCUCCCGGGACACGACUUUCCGUCUUUGGGAUUUCAGGGACCCUUCCAUCCACUCCGUGAAUGUCUUCCAGGGCCAUACGGACACCGUGACCUCGGCCGUGUUCACCGUGGGAGAUAAUGUUGUUUCGGGCAGCGAUGACCGCACCGUGAAGGUCUGGGAUUUAAGGAAUAUGAGAUCCCCCAUUGCGACUAUUCGCACAGACUCUGCCAUCAACAGGAUCAAUGUAUGCGUCGGCCAGAAGAUAAUCGCCCUCCCACACGACAACCGGCAAGUGAGGCUGUUCGACAUGUCGGGCGUGCGGCUGGCGCGGCUCCCCCGUAGCAGCCGGCAGGGCCACAGAAGAAUGGUGUGCUGCUCGGCGUGGAGCGAGGACCACCCCAUGUGCAAUCUGUUCACCUGCGGGUUUGACAGGCAAGCCAUUGGCUGGAACAUCAACAUCCCUGCGUUGUUACAAGAGAAAUGAGGUUGCCGGCGUUCCUUAGUCGCGUGGUUCACCGUGGACCUGUGGACCGGUGCCGCUUUUCUCCUGUUGGUCAAGCCCUUUUUCUGAGAGUCGGGCCCUGACGAGGGUGAUUUGUAUGUUCUUUUCUCAUUGUACCCAGCUUGCAUGAAAUGUACAGCAAAACGUAUGGUCCUAAGUUUUAUUUUCGUCUUGUGUGUGUGCUGGCGCCCUCCGUGCAGUGGAGACGAAGCCCCUUCCCCGUAGCACGUCGUGUGUUGUGAGUUGCUGGCGUCUGACAGCUGACAGGAGGGCAUUACGUUUGCGUGAGUUAAAUGUGAACCCGCGUACUUACUGUGAGGCGCAAGUAGAGUGUAGCGUUUCUGGAAUAAUUAUACACGUCUGCCUUGUGCCGGGAAGGUCGCGGAGCUGCACCCGCGUUGGCUGACGCACGGCAGGUGCGCUGGAAGACUUGAGGGUUGCUUCCGCGUGAGGUUUUAGCGUGUGCCGUGCUGUCACGGAGCUUCAACUCCGUCCCGUCGUAGUUACGUAAAACAACCUGGAUGUUAGACGCUAACAAAAGUAGGCUGCAGACUUUACAUUUGGAGAGUCGUUUGAAAAGAAAAAGUUUCUGCUCUUUUUGUGGAAAAUCAUUUCAAUCUCCUGAGGUCUCAUGUUAGCAAAUUCAAAAAUGUGAUUCUAAUCACUGAUUUCAGAUACUAAGCAAAAUUUAAAGCACUUUAGUUUAUAGCCAUGGUUAUAAACAGUUUUGAGAAGUUACAGAUGACUUAUCCAUUGAAUGUGACUUGACCUUUUGAAGAAGGCCCUGCCUGCUACCUGAAAACAAAACCUUAUUUAUUUUCUAUUCUACACUUUGGUUUGCGUAUUUCUAAGGGGGUUCACUUCCUUGGUGGUGUUUGAGAGCCAACAAUGCAAAUAAAUGAGUACUACCUCAGAACAGCAUGUUUGGAGACCGGGGGCGUCUCGCCACUGCGUGUGGCUGGGAUGCCCAGUUCAGUUCCGAAGGCAGGACAGACAAUCAUAGCGGCCGGCAGGGGCGGCUGCAGCGAUGCGUCGCAGGCCGGCAGCUUGCUCCCGUUUCGGCAGCCGGGACGCCCCUGCGUGCCAGCCCUGUCACUGCCCGGGCGAGCCCGUCGCUCUUGCCUUCGUAGGACUCACUGUUGUCCGCUGUUUGUGAGUUCGUGUUUCUUGCUCAGUCACAGUUUUGAUAAAGAGCCGUCUCUGCGUACCGCCCUCCUAUUUUUAAUUCUUUGAGUGUGUGCACUUGGAGAGGCACAAGAGGGUGACCGUGAAGACGAUCGUGGGUGCCCCACUUCUGGUGGUGACGGCUGGCGGAGGAGCGCAUGGGCCGCCCUGGGUCCUGAGUGAACGCGCCUCACUUGAGGCUCCCGUGGCUCAGGUCCUAUGUGUGGUACCUCGCGAGGAAUUCCAGCCCCAAAUUCUCUGGAACGAUUUUGAGAUGAUUGACACGGUCUGGAAGGGAAGAAGGACCAGGAGAAACCCGUCCUGCUACGGAUGGUUGAGGUCGGUGCCUGGAGGGCGCAGAAAGUCAUUUCUGAAGCCUGCCUUCUGGCCCCUGCCGACCUAGGGGCACCACACCCCCAGCGCCAGAGUGUGGGUGACCUCGGGCCUCCAAUCGGUGUGUCCAAGCUCUUGGGCUCCUGUUGUGUUUUAAUUUGAAUGUCUGGGUGUCUUAGAAUCAUUGUUAGGAGCACUGAAAAACGUAUACAAACACAGUUGAAUCAGACUUAAGAACCAGAUCUCUGCCGGAUUAAAAAAAGUGGAAGCUUUGAAAUAAAUAUUUUUGAUGGCCAUUUAGUUCUCUGCAAACUAGUGCCCUCCGUGGCCGGCAGCUGCUCACUGUCUCGCCAACGGGAGUGGCCGACCUCCUCACUCCUCCCGCGUCUCCACGAGGGCACAAGGCCUCAUGCUUUUGGGGAGAGUUCUCAGGAGCAGGACACCCUACUAUCACGACCACGUUGUCCUCUGACGUGCUUCCAUUCAGCUGCUGCUGUGGCCUUAGUGGUGGUGUUUUCGGGAGUCAUGGAGAUUUGGGAUCGUGCGUGUGCGCGCGCGUGCGCGUGCGUACUUGUGUGGCUGAGGUUAAGUCGUGAUCAGCCACAUGUGAUCUCAUCUGAAAUCGUGUUUGGAAAUGAGAGUGGUUUUGCUCACAUGUCCAGAAUUUCAUUUGAUAAUGGAAGGAAAAUGUGUGGUUACUGGAAAAUGUGUAUUGAUAGAAAGUUUCAUAAGAACUACGUUGUUGGACAAAACAGCACUGCACAUCGCUUUCUGUAGAGACAAAAAUUGUGUGCAUAUUUUGGAAUUUGAAGAAUCCUAUGUAAAUCACCUGUUGCUUAAAUCUGUGAAAAACAAGUUUCUUUGGGGGGAAAGUAUGCAUUUAUAAUUGUUGUGUACAGCAAGUGUUUUUAUUGUAUUGGUGUGAUUGUUUUUAAGUGUUGAAUGUCUUCAUUGCCAUAUGAAAUUCAUUAAAAAUCCACAUUCUGUAAUCAC